AUGGAGGACGGGAUUAAAGCCGGGGAUGAGACUAAGAUGGAUUGCGCGGACGGCGGCGCGGGACCGCUUUCAUCCGGCGCUGCAGUAUCCGAAGAAGCCGCUGGGGAUUUAGCAGACGGAAAUGCAAAUAAAGUGGCAUACAAAAGCGAUUCAUCAGGCAAUAUUACGGGCGUGUCAUCUGCGAUCCCAGAUGUAGUAACGAACGGAGAGGCGCAGAAUGCGCCCAAUCGGGAAUUAGACAUUGGGAAAAUGAAAGACGAACAAUUGGAAGCAAUCAAGCAGCAACAGCAAGAGGAGUCCCUGGAGGAGUUCAUACGUGAUGAUGAACUAUUGGUCGAUGAUAAGGAUUCCUGUAUGGUGGAGAAGAUUUCGGUACAGCCGGAAGCGCCGAAACGGAAGCUGCAGUCGUGCGCGAUUUGGGUGUCGAACAUUAAUCCGGAAACGAAGGCGAGCAGCUUGAAAGUGGAGCUGACCAAGUACGGAAAGGUGCAGAACGCUCGGAUAGUCACCAAUGGAGAGAAGUACUAUGGUUACGCUCUUCUGGAAAGCGCGGAGAGCGCGAAACUCUGCAUCGAGCAGCUCAAUCGCAAACCCAUGAACGGGUUUGAAGUGCAGAUCAGUUUCGAUCCGCCUACAAAAAGGAAGAGCUGUGAGCAAGCUGCGAAACGCACGGAAUCUAGAGAGUUCUCCAGGCAUAUCAGUAAACGGCGAAGGAGGUCUGCUUCGAACGACGAUCCGUUGACAUUGAAGGUGUCCUCUUCGAGGAAGAGGAGCAGCGAGAAGAGGUCCAGGUCUUCGAGUAAACAGCGUAGCCGUAGAGGAGGAUCACGCGAGUUCGAGACGAACAGGCAACGCGAGAUCGAAUUGCGAAUCGCUAUUGAGAAGAGGAAGUUGGCUAAGGAGAAGCGGCAGCUGGAGUACGAGAAACUUGAGUUCCUGAAGUUUCAGAAACGCGUUCAGGAGUACUCUGUGAACGAUCAGGUGAAGAAGGAGGUGCAACGGCUGGAGGAAUUGCGGAGGGCCAAGGACGAUGAGAUGUUGAGGAAGAGGAUUCUGGUGGAGAAGACGAAGAGAACGCCGUCUCCGAGGAGCAAGUCUUAUAAGAAGCGAGUGGAUAAGACUGUGCCACCUCCACCCCGUUUGACCCGGGACGAUUUCAGCAGCAGGAGGAGCUGGGCCAAGCAGAAGGUUGAAAAUAAUCUCCCCCGAGAUUACAAAUACGAGUCGACGCGGAAACAGGAUUACAGGCAUAACUAUCAAUCGGACCGGAAGCAGAGGUACGUUUAUCCGGAGGCGAAACGCGCCGAGGAUAAGUACAAGGAUAAGAGCAAGGAUUCCGGCAAGGACGCGACCUGCAAGACGAUGAGAAGCGAGGUGUUCGUGGCGUCGUCUUCGUCUGCGCUGGCGGCGGCGGCGUCGACGCCCUGCAGCAAUUUCCAAUACGGCGGCGGAAGCGUCGGCGUUUCGUACCCUACGGCGUAUCGCGGUUACAAUCCGCAGCCGCCGCCACCUGUCGAAUACCAUCCACCCCCGCAGCACAUCCCCGUUUCACACACACAGAACAAUUGGAACGAUAGACAACAGCUGUAUCAUAAAGAUUACGCGUCAUCUGGGAGCAGAUCGUCGGUGCACGUCGAACACAACAAGUACGACGAUUACGACAAGAGGCAGCAGCCCACAUACUUCAACUCGAACAGGAAAUAUUGA